GUUUUUUAGUAAUUCAAUUAGUAGUUUAUAACUAUGAAGGAUUCUGAAACACCUGGCGACGUGGCGCAGUCGGCGCCUUCGACCUGGCCCCUGGCUAGCAGCCUAGAGUCUUCUAACAAUGUUGUAAGGACUUCUACCGAGUUUGUGGCGUCACAGGCUGUACAUGUGCAGAUCGACCAAAAAGCCAUCAACAAGGCUGUGGAUGAGUUCUCCCUAGACAAGCUCAAGGAGCUUACAUCCCCGAAAGCCUUCAACAAGGACAUCCAUUUCGUUGAUGGCGGACCGCUCACGGUGCAGUACCUGCUUGUGGUGGACGCGUUGAACUUCUGCUUCUGGCCCGAUGAGGAGCUAGAGUACGAGCAGCUCUCGGUUGGGAUCAAGCGUGCCCUCGAGUCGGACCCCACCGCGCUGUCCGCCGAGCGGCUGCUGCGCGCCACCGGUGCUGACGUGGCGGCGCUGCUGGGGUGGGGGCGGGAGGUGCCGCUGCAGGAGGAGCGGGCGC